UUUCUUUUUCUUGGACGAAACCUUAUUUCUUUAACCACUUUAAAGAAAACCCACUUUUCCAAAUUGGCCACUCAUAUAUAGAUGCAAGAAUUGUUGAACAACUUGGAUAAAAAAAUUGAAUUUUUCCUGGAAUAGAAAGAUGGGAUUGUUUGAUCUUGAAAAACACUUUGCAUUCUAUGGAUCAUACCACCACAACUCAGUUAAUAUUUUCAUUCAUACCCUUUUUGUUUGGCCCAUUUUCUUUACUGCCCUUAUUCUAUGCUACUUUACUCCCCCACUUAUUAGUUUUUCCAAAAUCUUGUUUCUGGGUCAUCCCUUAAUCUUCAAUUUUGGGUUUUUGUUAACUGUGGUAUAUGGGUUAUUCUACAUUGGGCUUGAUUUCAGAGCUGGAGUUCUUGGAGCUAUUAUGUGUUUUGGCUGUUGGGUGUUUGCCAGUGUUUUUGCAAGUAUUUUGGGCUUCUCUUUGGCAUGGAAGGUAGUCCUAGCGGCUCAAAUAAUUUGUUGGACUGCACAGUUUAUAGGGCAUGGUGUUUUUGAGAAGCGAGCGCCAGCUCUUUUCGACAAUCUGGUUCAGGCCUUCCUGAUGGCACCUUUCUUCGUGCUGCUCGAGAUACUAAUGUUAUUGCAUUAUGAACCAUAUCCUGGGUUUCACAAAGCUGUUGAAGCAAGAAUAGAAGCGUUAAUCCAAGAAUGGAAGGACAAGAACAAGAAGAAAACAUUUUAGCUCGAGUUGAGACGAGUACAUGGACAAAUAGAAUUUAUGAAUCUGAAUAAAUUCAAAUGUUUGUUCAGGCCCCAUGUGUUAUCUCA